UCUUCUUCCUUAAACCCAAAAAAAAAAAAAAAAAAAAACAGCUAUAAUAAUAAAAGAAAAAAAAAAGUAUCUAUUACGUCAGCCACGGCGAGAGACGGACUUCAGAAGCGAGGCGUUGGGUUUUUGUUUUGAACAAAGGCCUUUUUUUUUUCCAGAGAUGUUGGCACGACUAUGAAUUUGUUCGGUAAUGAUUUCUGGACAAGAUGGAGAUACUGGCAUUAUGGUGACAACCUUUUAUUUGGAGAGCAUAUGUGAGAAAAUGUGGAGAAUGCGAGAUUUGGUGAAAAUGGUGUUGGAGGUUGCAGAUCGAAAUUGGAGGUUUGAUUCUAGAGCUCUUAAUGUUGUGAAGAAGGAUUGUAUUAACACCAUCCCAGUCAGAAUCUUCCCCAUUUGGCCAUUCUGCACCAUCCUUCGUAGUUCAGCCUGUUUUUCUACAUCAAUAGCAACUCAAGCAUCUCCUUCUGAAUUAAGUGGCAGGAUUUUGAAUGAAAUAAUUUCUAAAAUAGUGGAAUCGCCAUCUUCUGGAUAUGAAAUUUGUUAUACAUACACUCAUAAACUAUGCAGCAGUGGAAAUCUUCAAGGUGCAGCUAUGCUAAUGCAGUCUUUGCACGAUAAAAACAUUUUCCUUGGCCAAUCUGCAUACAAUUGCCUUAUUAAAGCAGCUGGUGAGCAGAAUGAUAUUGACCUUCUUUGUCAAAUUUUCAAACAUUUUUUGGUAUGUCGUAAAUCCAUGGAUUCAACUUCCUUUACUACCCUUGCCAAGGUAUUUACAAUGAAGAAUGAUGAUGCCUACUUACUGAGAUUUGUUAGAGAAGUCUCCGAGUUAAUAUUUCCCAGAAAUGCAACAGUUAUGAACAGGAUAAUCUAUGCCUUUGCUCAGUUUAGACAGGUGAACAAGGCUAUGUUGAUUUUUGGUCAGAUGAAAAGUUUACAAUGUAAACCAGAUUUGGUUACUUAUAAUACUGUUUUAGGUAUUCUAGGUCAGACGGGUAGAAUAGGUGAAAUGCUCCAUGUAUUUGCAUCCAUGAAGGAGGAGAAUCUAGUUCCAGAUAUUAUUUCUUUCAAUACCUUAGUAAAUGGCUUUCGGAAGGUGGGUAGGUUGGAAUUGUGCGAAACAUAUUUCAAAGAAAUGCUUGAGAAAGGGAUUGAACCAGAUUUGCAGACUUACACUGCAUUGAUCGACAGCUUCAUCAGAUCAGGGAAUACUGAGGAAUCAUUGAGACUUUUUAAUGAGAUGAAGCACAAAGGGAUCUGCCCAUCCGUUCAAAUUUACCAAUUGCUUAUUAGUAAUCUAAAGAAGAUGGGAAAGCUAAAGUUGGCUGAAGCUUUCUCACAGGAGAUGAAAGCAUCACUUUCGAGUCUUGUUGAUCCAAAGGAUUUUAAAAGGAAAAAGAGAUAGUUUCUGCUAGCACUUUGAACGUGGUUUCUACAUUCCAGUUUCUGUCCAUCUGCUACUGCUGCUGCUCUGUUUCCUGGAAUGCAGUUAAUAGUGGUCAAUGUGGAAGAUGAGAACCCACGAGUCGGCUGUUGCAUUAGCUCUGUAGCCUAUAUUCAAUACGAAAAUCUUAAAAGUUGGACAGGUUCAUGGCUAAGGUUAGCGUAUUUUCCCUUCUCAAUGUUCAUUUUUCGAGAAGUGAAAAGUGUUAAUUUUUGCUUGAAAGGUUUACAUUGAUUUGUAAAGUCAAUGUAUAUUGUAUAUUGUAAUACAAAUCUUUGAGGUAAAUUGUUGCGCUGUUUUUGCUCUUAUGUGUAUUUAGUUAUUUACUAUUUAUGCUUGUAGCGAUGGAACAUUAUUUUUGUUUCAAACAAUUUUCAUGUUAUUCAUUUA